AUGGACCAAAACAACCACACGAAAACUACACGAUGGCUGGCCAUCUUUAUACUCCUCACCAUGCAACUACUCAGCGUAAAUGCCGACGUAGUAACCGUCUGGACCACGGUGAAAUUGCCCGCGCCAACACAAACCGCCCCGCUAUCACCAUCGUACACCUCCCUCGACAAGUUCAAAGACGAUAUGUUGAAAGUCACGAACGAGUACCGUGCCAAUCACGAGGCCAGUCCACUAGAAUGGAACGACACCUUGGCUGAGUACUCGCGGGAGUGGGCAGAAGCCUGUAUCUGGAAACAUUCGAAAAGUAGCUACGGCGAGAACCUCGCAUUCGGAUACAGUAAUGCUUCUGCUGCUGUCAUCGCAUGGGGAGAGGAACGCGAUAUGUAUAACUUCGUCAAGCCGACAGGCUUCACCGAGGAGACGGGGCAUUUCACUCAGUUGGUUUGGAAGUCGACUACUCAAGUCGGAUGUGCUGCUGUCAACUGUGGGUAUAAGAAGGACGAUAAAGCCAAAAGAGAUGACGAGAUCGAAGUACGAGAGGAUAUCAUUGAAGGGGUGUUAAUGGCACCCCGUUUCAGCGGCGAUGAAACGGAACGAGACGGCUUGGAAGGGCUGAAGGUUGCGCGAGGCGAGCCGCGAGCUCAAGGGUGGUAUGUUGUCUGCGAGUAUACACCUCCUGGAAAUGUCGUGGGCUUGCAUGAUUCCUAUUUCAGGAAGAAUGUUUUGCCAAAGAAGGCGCCCGUUGUUGAGUCAUCCUCAUCAACGUCUUCUUCCACGACUUCCGAGUCUUCUUCCACGUCUAUGCCUCAGCCAUCGCCGUCGCCAAAUGCCGCGCCAUCCACUACCAUCGGGAAUCGUCGGCCUACGCCUCAUCGGCAUACAGGAUGUGCUAUCAAGUUCGAGCUGAAUUCGACAUUGGGGAUGAUGCUGGUAGCAUUGGGAACGGUGGGCGUUGGAAGGGUGCUUUACGCUUGA